CAACGAAACCCCACCACUCCGCUCCCUAUAUCACUGCUACUCCUUCCUCCCUCGGUCCCUCCUAGUACCUGCGUGCGUGUUCAAAGUUCAAACCAUGAAGUAAUCAAUCCUCUCCAUCGCCAUCUCCGAUUUAUUUCUUGGCACCUCGGGUGAGCAUAUUCGAUUCCCCCUCCGUCUGCCUCUCCUUGUUGCUUUGACCCAUCAACCGAUUUAUAUAAAUCACGAUAUCAAAACAAGCGAUCCCAUUUCCGUCCUCCGAGUAGAACCUCCAAGAAGCCACGGCAAAGAAACCAAGUAGCAGAGCACGGAACAGAAGGAGAAGGCGGAGCCCUUGGCCCCGCGAAAAUGGGGCCGGUGAAUCGAAUCGGCGCGGUGGCGGUCGCCUGCGCCGUCCUGCUGCUGGGCGUCGCGUGCCCUGGCGGCCACGCCGGCCAGACCAGCGAGUACCAGCGGCAGCUCGGCCACGCCAUCGACAUGCCGCUCGACGCCGACGUCUUCCGCCCUCCGGCCGGCCACAAUGCGCCGCAGCAGGUUCACAUCACACAAGGAAACCAUGAUGGUACAGCCAUGAUAAUCUCAUGGGUGACAACAAUCGAGCCUGGAUCAAGCACAGUGCUUUACGGGACUUCACAAGAUAAUCUCAACUGUUCCGCAAAGGGCAAGCACACUCAGUAUACAUUCUACAACUAUACCUCAGGAUACAUUCAUCAUUCUACAGUAAAAAACUUGGAGUUUGAUACUAAGUAUUACUAUGCUGUUGGGACUGAACAGACACUGAGGAAGUUUUGGUUCAGGACCCCUCCGAAAAGUGGCCCAGAUGUUCCAUACACAUUUGGUCUGAUAGGUGAUCUUGGUCAGAGCUUCGAUUCAAAUGUCACGCUUGCUCAUUACGAGUCCAAUUCAAAAGCGCAGGCUGUGCUUUUUGUCGGGGACCUUUCGUAUGCAGAUAACUACCCAUAUCAUGAUAAUGUGAGGUGGGAUACAUGGGCAAGAUUUGUAGAACGGAAUCUUGCAUACCAGCCUUGGAUCUGGACAGCUGGAAACCAUGAGAUAGAUUUUGCUCCUGAACUUGGUGAAACAAAGCCAUUCAAGCCAUACAGCAACAGAUAUCCCACCCCUUAUAAGGCUUCAGGUAGCACGGCACCUUACUGGUAUUCUAUCAAAAGAGCCUCUGCUUAUGUCAUUGUCCUGGCAUCAUAUUCAGCAUAUGGAAAAUAUACUCCUCAGUACAAGUGGCUUGAAGCUGAGUUCCCCAAGGUCAACAGGAGCGAAACUCCAUGGCUGAUUGUUCUGAUGCAUGCUCCAUGGUACAACAGCUACAACUACCAUUACAUGGAGGGUGAAAGCAUGAGAGUGAUGUAUGAGCCAUGGUUUGUGAAGUACAAAGUUGAUGUUGUGUUUGCAGGACAUGUCCAUGCCUACGAAAGGACACAUAGGAUAUCAAAUGUUGCAUACAACAUCAUAAACGGCCUAUGCUCUCCGAUACCAGACCAAUCCGCUCCGGUCUACAUCACCAUCGGUGACGGAGGAAACCAGGAAGGGCUGGCCACCAACAUGUCGGAGCCGCAGCCGAGGUACUCGGCGUUCAGGGAGGCAAGCUUCGGGCACGCCAUCCUGGACAUCAAGAACCGGACGCACGCUUACUACGCGUGGCACCGCAACCAGGACGGCAGCGCCGUGGCGGCCGACUCGCUGUGGUUCACCAACAGGUACUGGAUGCCCACGGACGAUUCCUUGGACGACUCGCGGUGAUGACGGCAUGGCAUGGUGAAUGUGAAAAAGAAAGAACGAAAUGUCCCACGCGCUUCCUCGUGAAUAAAAAACCCCUCCAGCAUGGUGUAAAAAUGUUCAGGUGUAGAUCGUAAGUAUGGUCGAGUGGCUGAACCUCGAUCCAUGUAUUCAAUCAUAAUUUGUCGAAGGAAAGUCCAGAGUCCCGAUGUAGUAAGAUUUU